AUGCGCAAACAACUCGACCCUCGAAUUCCUAUCCUCAUCAACAAUAAUGUUAAGAAGAACCAUAGAUCUUUCAUUGUCCUUGUUGGUGACAAAGGACGAGACCAGAUCGUAAAUCUUCACUUCCUGCUUUCACAAGCGCGUGUUUCUGCUCGACCAUCCGUAUUAUGGUGCUAUAAGAAAGAACUUGGGUUCACCAGUCACCGCAAAAAGAGAGAAGCUAAAAUCAAGCGCGAUGUGAAAAGAGGUAUCCGUGAGGCGAAUGAACAGGAUCCUUUCGAGAUUUUUGUUACCGUUACCGACAUUCGUUAUACGUACUACAAAGAAUCGCACAAAAUUCUCGGAAAUACAUACGGCAUGUGUGUCCUUCAAGACUUUGAGGCUAUCACGCCCAACCUGCUCGCCCGAACAAUUGAAACGGUGGAAGGUGGUGGUUUGGUUGUUUUGCUGCUCAAGACCAUGACUUCGUUGAGACAGUUGUAUACAAUGACCAUGGACGUGCAUUCGCGGUACAGAACUUCAUCACACGAUUCCGUGGUAGCCAGAUUCAACGAACGCUUUAUCCUUUCUCUUGGAUCAUGUCCUGAUUGUCUGGUACUGGACGACGAACUCAACGUCCUCCCCAUAUCUCGCGGAAAGGACAUUAAACCCAUCGAGGACACUCCUGGAAAGAACAAAGAAUCGGAUUCCGCGGAAACCCAACUUGUGGAGCUGAGGGAAUCGCUUGCCGAUGUCAAACCUGCUGGGGAGCUCGCCAAGCUCGCAAAAACUAUUGAUCAGGCACAGGCCAUUCUCACAUUCAUCGACGCUAUUGCUGAAAAGACCCUCUCGUCCACUGUUACUCUCACCGCUGCUCGCGGUCGUGGUAAAAGUGCGGCCCUCGGCCUGGCCAUUGCGGCCGCUUUGGCUCAUGGAUAUGCCAACAUCUUUGUCACAAGUCCUAGCCCUGAGAAUCUGAAGACACUCUUUGAGUUUGUAUUUAAGGGUUUGGAUGCGCUUGGCUAUGAAGAACAUCUCGACUAUGACAUCGCAGUUGCACAAAAUCUGGGCGAAAACAAGGAGGAGUCGAGCAAAUCAGUAGUAAGAGUGAAUGUAUUCAGGGAUCACAGACAAACAAUUCAAUAUAUCCAACCCCAAGAUGCUCAUGUUCUAGGACAAGCGGAACUGGUGAUCAUCGACGAAGCUGCUGCCAUUCCUCUACCCUUAGUCCGCAAUCUCAUCGGCCCUUACCUGGUAUUUAUGGCUUCCACGAUCAAUGGUUACGAGGGUACUGGAAGAUCACUUUCUCUAAAACUUAUUCAACAACUCCGCGAGAGCACCAGACCUUCCCUGACCAAAGACGCUGGCCAUAACGACAAAGAAGAGUCAGCGACUGCUUCUUCGAGCAAGAAACCUACUAUCAAGGCAGCUCCUAAAUCACGCACACUCCGCGAGAUCAAACUGGAGACUCCCAUACGUUACUCUGCGGGUGAUCAAAUUGAAAAGUGGUUAAAUGGUUUGCUGUGUCUCGACGCAACAAUCCUUCCACGCUCCAGUGCCCAAGGGUGUCCCCAUCCAUCACAAUGCGAGCUAUUCUACGUGAGCCGCGACACAUUGUUCAGCUACCAUCCUGCAUCUGAGCUGUUUUUGCAACGAAUGAUGGCCCUCUAUGUAGCUUCGCAUUACAAGAAUCAGCCAAAUGACCUACAACUCCUGUCUGACGCCCCAGCCCAUCAUUUGUUCGUUCUUUUGCCCCCCAUUAAGGAUGAUGAAACACAUUUACCAGAACCCCUUGUUGUGCUACAAGUCGCCCUGGAAGGCCAAAUUAGCAAAGAGGCCAUCAUGGAAGGACUCGGAAGAGGCAUGAGAGCAGGCGGUGACAUGAUUCCUUGGUUGAUCUCCCAGCAGUUCCAAGAGAAUGCCUUUGCAAAAUUGAGUGGAGCCAGAGUGGUCAGAGUCGCUUGUCAUCCAGACUAUGCUAAUAUGGGUUAUGGAUCAAGGGCCCUCAAAGCCUUGAAUUCCUUUUAUAGUGGCGAAUAUUUCAACCUGGACGAAUCAGCCAAGCCAGAGACCCAUUACCCAGACCCUUCAGCAGUUGAACCUGGUGUCGAUCUUCUUACAGAAAAUCCUACUGUCCGUGCCCCAUCAGCGAUGCCUCCCCUCCUCCAACGUCUUACUGAGCGUAAACCCGAAAAUCUUGAUUAUCUCGGCGUGUCGUAUGGCUUGACGCCUCAAUUGCUCAGAUUCUGGAAACGCGCUGGCUAUGUGCCUUUAUAUGUGCGUCAGACGGCCAGCGAGUUGACUGGUGAACACACUUGCGUCAUGGUCCGAGGACUAAAUAGCUCGGUUGAAAGUGAAAUGGCCUGGCUACACGAGUUUGCGAAAGAUUUCAGAAGGCGUUUCCUGACAUUACUUUCAUACAAAUUCCGUGAAUUUGGAAGCGUGACUUCAUUAAGCAUUUUGGAGGCUGCGAACGCUGGAAUCAAAGACGAUGCCAACGAUACUGUUUUAACACCUCAGGAGCUUGCUAUUCGGUUUACACCUUUCGAUCUCAAGCGUCUUGAGUCAUAUGCUAACAAUAUGCUCGAUUACCAUGUUAUUCUUGACCUUAUGCCAUCCAUCGCCGAUCUGUACUUCCAAAAGCGAUUAGGUGCCCCUGCCACUGCUGACGAGGCUCAAACUACGGAAGGACCUGUGAGAUUAACCGCCGUCCAGAGCAGUAUCUUGCUUGCUAUUGGUCUACAAAGAAAGACUAUAGAAGAUCUUGAGGUUGAGCUUCAACUCCCUGCCGCCCAAACAUUGGCACUCUUCGCAAAAAUGAUCCGCAAGAUUAGCAAACGUCUCAUUGAUAUCCGUAAAGCUGCCAUCAGCGCAGAGCUCCCUCAGGCGAAAGUAACUCCGCUUGGUGAUUCAACUCGUCUUGAAGAUAUGGAAGGCGUUGCGACGACGAUGCUAGACGAGUUAGACGAAGCUGGUAAUGAGGUGACCACUGCGUUGAAAGAGAGACAGAGAGAGAUGAUUAACGCUCUAGACCUUAAGAAGUAUGCUAUUAAUGAUAGCGGAGCUGAUUGGAGUCUCGCCGAGGCACAGAUCGCGAACCCCGGGAAGUCGACAACUGUGAGCGUCAAGUCUACUGUGACUGUCGGCCAAAAGAGAAAAGCUGAAGAGGGAGCACCUGCUUCGAAUGCUGGAGGACCGAAGGAGAAGAAGAACAGGCGAAGCAUGAAGAAGUCAAAGCAAUAA